UCCACACUUACAUUCUUUCCUCAAGCACCUGCUAUGAAACUUGCUAAUGUACUACUGACUGUGGACUCUGAUCUGAAUGGAGCUAGUCCUCAGUUCACCCUCACCUGUAUCUCCACUGGUGGACCUGCUACCACUGUCACUUGGACCAGAGACACCACCACUGUCACACAAGGAAAUAUGACUGUGUUAGUGACACAACAACAGCACAGUACAUCCACACUCUGACUGUGACUGGAAGAAUGCCAGGACUCUACAACUGUACUGUGAAAAACAACAAACCAUCAACUACAUCAAGAACUUUUACUGUAAAAGUUGCUUCAGUACCAACCAACCUUGCAUCAGUUGUAGCUGGAAAUGACUCCACCUAGUAUCCAUUUGACCUGGACUCCUCCCACUCCACUGGGAGCUACCACUGGGUACAGGAUCUCCUUCACUGGAGGAGGGAACAGUGGUAGUGUCGAUGUUAGUGGUGGGUCCACUGACAACUACACACUGACUGGUCUUAUGAGGGGAGAGAUGUACAACAUAUCCAUUGUGGGAAUAUCUGAACACUUCUUCAGUCAGAGUGUGGCAUGGGACACAGUCAAACUUCCAGGUGAGUUUUAGUAAAACGGUAAGUUGCGUGCAAUAAAAGCUAUUCAUUGUGUUUUGUGGUGGAGAAGAAAGAGAAGUAAUGAAUGAAAAAGAACAGGAAGGAGGGAAAAGUAAUAGCAGACAAGGAGGAAAUGCUGGAUCAAUAGCUGCUGGAGUUUUGGUUCCUCUUAUCCUGGUAGCUGUCAUUGCUACACUUGUGGUUGUAACCCUAAUCUGGUUGAAGAGGAGGCAGUCUAAUGGCCUCAAAAACCCUCUGUCUGUCAUCCAUCAAACAUUUAGCGCAGCUACAUCUCCUUCAGUCAAUAAUGUCACUAUGGAUCACUCAACCAAACUCUACAAGAGACCCAAUGAUAAAAUUCCAGCAAUUGUGCAGUUCCCAAAGGAUACCCAUGUCCAAGAGGGAGAGGCGGUGUUAUUCCAAGUGAAGGUGACUGGAGUACCCCACCCCAACCUCACCUGGUACCACAAUGGAGUACAGGUGAAGGCCGAUUACUCCAGGGAUCUGGCGGGGGAUGGCUCCCUCACACUGCCUUCCACUGAGCUCAAACACAGUGGCGUGUACAGGCUGGUGGCCCACAACUCAGUGGGAAGAGUGGAGCAGGAAGUGAGACUAACAGUGGGGGGAGAGGGACAGAUUACACCAUCUUCUAACAAACCUACAUCAGUCCCUACUGCUCCUAUACCUGUCUCCCAACUUGGGAAUCACGUUGAGAAUAAACAUAAAAGGAGAAACCAGGGUUUCAAUGAGGAGUACCAGUCACUGUAUGACGGUCGGGACAAGACAAUUUCCAUAGCCACAAACUCAGAGAACAAACUAAAGAACAGAUUUGGCAACAUAUGUGUCUAUGAUGACCACAGAGUCCAGCUCACCCCCCUACCAGGCCACCCUGACUGCCAGACAGACUACAUCAAUGCCUGCUACGUUGAUGGCUAUUCUACACCCAGCAAAUUUCUGGCCACUCAAGGUCCCCUGCCGAAGACUCUGGUGGAUUUCUGGAGGCUGGUGUGGCAGGAGAGACCUCCCUCCAUCGUCAUGAUCACCAAACUGGAGGAGGGAGGUAAGAUCAAGUGCCAGCGCUACUGGCCUCAGACUGGCAGAUGCAACUUUGGCCCGUUUGAGGUGACCCUCACUGACGAGCAGAUAUUUGCAGACUACACAACGAGAAGACUGGAGGCUCAGUUGGAGGGUGGUUCAGGGCAUCCUCUGAAAGUGGCUCAGUUCCACUUCACUGCCUGGCCGGAUCACGGGGUACCUGACUAUGCCACGCCACUCCUGGCCUUCCACAGGAGAGUGAUCAAGGAACACAAUCCCAGAAAACGCCCACUAAUGGUCCACUGCAGUGCUGGAGUGGGCAGGACUGGGGCUUUCAUCACCAUAGACCAUGUACUGGAGCAGUUGGGCCGAGAGAAAAUGGUGGACAUUCCUUGCAUUAUCAACAAGAUCAGGCACCAGAGGAUGAAGAUGGUCCAAACAGUGGACCAGUAUGUAUUCAUCCAUGAUGCUAUUCUGGAGAGAGUGGUGUGUGGAGACACUCAGAUUGAGGCCUCUAAUCUCAGAAUGGCCAUCAUAAAACUCAAGGAGGGCAUUCCUGGAGAGAGUAGCUAUCACCAGCAAUUCUCUGUGAGCUGGCCCUUCAUGAUGAAACACAAUUAGCUACAUCCUGGAGAAAGUGAGUCCAAACCCAAAAGAAGUGAAAUCUGUGGCAGGUCGUAGCAACCCCAAGAAGAACCGCAAUAUGGAGUUCCUACCAGUUGAUAAAAUAAGAGUUGUGUUGAAAGGAGAGACUCCUGACUACAUCAAUGCCACUUUUGUCCACGGAUACAAGCAGCAGAGAGCCUUCAUCAUAGCUCAGAGUCCCAUGGAGUCGACGGCCAGAGAUUUCUGGAAGAUGGUCUGGGACAGAAAGUGUGGAGUCAUGGUGAUGCUCUGUCACCUGGAGGAGGCUGGGAGGGAGGUGUGUUACCAGUAUUGGCCGAGCAGUGGUUCAAAAGCUUUCGGAGAGUUCACAGUGGAAUUACUCGGGGAGCAAAAGCUGACGGGGUUUAUCACCAGAAACCUAACUGUCAUCAAUAAUAAGUCUAAAGAGGUUCAACAAUUGUGUCAAUUCCACAUCACCAACUGGGCCCCUGACGGUAGCUGCUCUAGGAUCAAGACUGUGAUUGACGUCAUCCUUGAAGUCACCAAAGUCCAGAUUCGAACCAGCAACAAACCCAUCGUGAUACACUGCAGUGACACAGUGAGCAGGUCGGGGAUGUUCUGUGCCAUACUCACCACCAUUGAGAGGUGUAAGACAGAGGGAGUGGUGGAUGUGUUCCAGGUGGUCAAGGCUCUACGUGUGCAGAAACCUGGAGCUGUCCUCACUGUGGGACAGUACAUGACAGUUUUUGAGGCAGUUUUAGUUUUCCUGGACUCAUUUGACACUUACUCCAACUUUGGUCCCAAACAAUGACAUUAGUGAUGAACUGCUUUGUUCUUAUAGCUGGUGUUUACGUUAUAAGCAUGCAUGCAAAUCGUGAGUAAUUUAUUAAACACUGACCCCAUUACACAGUCCUUAUUAAUCUCUGUUUAAUAGCUAUAGGUUGA